AUGCGGAUUGGUAGAAAGGGUAAUCUCAGCCCUCGAUUUAUCGGCCCUUAUGAGAUUUUGAAAAGAAAUGGGAAAGUGGCUUACGAGUUGAAGUUACCAUCUGAGAUGGCUAUGGUGCAUCCUGUGUUUCACAUUUCGAUGAGGAUGUACAAGCCUGAUCCUUCUCAUGUCUUUAAUUGUGAAGAGAUUGAAAUCAAUGAAGGGUUGUCUUAUGAAGAAGAACAUGUACAAGUAUUGGACCGUCAAGUUAGGAGAUUAAGAACAAAAGAUGUGGCUUCGGUUAUAGUACUGUGGCAUAAUCAUAAUAUUGAAGAAGCUACUUGA